AUGCAUACCAAUCAAGUUUACAGUGAGGUUGUUACUGUAAAUAAUGGAUCACACAAAUGGUGGCACCGUCGUUGGAUGAAAAUAAUCGGCAUUUUCAUUAUUCUUUUAAUAGUUUCUGCUAUUAUCCUUGCUCUGGUGUUAAACUUCGUCGUCUUUGCACCGACGAUAUCAGAAAUUAAUACCACCGCCUCACCAUCAUCAUCAUCACUAGCAACAACAAUAUCAACACUACCGUCAUCGUCAACAACAACAUCAACAAUGACACCGACUACAACUUUGGCACAAACAACAACUACGUCCACAACUGAGCAGUCAGAACCGACUACGACAACAACGUCGAUAACAGUAUCAACCACAACACCAACAACAAUGUCAACAACAACAACAGCAGUACAGGAAUGGGUAGUGACAGGCAAUAUGAGUGCCGCACGAUAUAUUCACACUGCAUCCGUACUAGAAAAUGGAUUCGUACUAAUUACUGGUGGAAACAAUGGUUCUACUGUUUUUAAUAGUGCUGAAUUGUACAAUCCAUCAACAGAUAAUUGGACAACUACAGGAAGUAUGAAUGUUGCACGAUUUGGUCACACAUCAUCAACAUUAGCGAAUGGAUUAGUAUUAGUGGCUGGUGGACGCAACGGCACUGCUGUUUCUCUCAAUAAUGCUGAAUUGUACAAUCCAUCAACAGAUACUUGGACAACUACAGGAAGCAUGAGUGUCGCACGAUGGUAUCACACAGCAUCUACAUUAGCAAAUGGAUUAGUAUUAGUUGCUGGUGGAUCGGGUAACGGUGGUAUUCUCAAUAGUUCUGAAUUAUACAAUCCAUCAACAGGCAUUUGGAUAACUACAGAAAACCUGAAUGCCGUACGAAUAGCUCACACAGCAUCCACAUUAGCGAAUGGAUUCAUAUUAGUUGCUGGCGGAGUGAGCAGUAAUGAUGUUUAUGUCAAUAGUGCUGAAUUGUACAAUCCAUCAACAGGCACCUGGACAUCUACAGGAAACCUGAAUUUCGCACGAGCAUAUCACACAGCAUCCACACUAGCAAAUGGAUUAGUGUUAGUUUCUUGUGGACGCGACGCUAUUACAGUCCUCAAUAGUGCUGAAUUGUACAAUCUAUCAACAGGCACUUGGACAACUACAGGAAACCUGAAUUUCGCACGAGUAGCUCACACAACAUCCACAUUAGCAAAUAGAAAAGUAUUAGUUACUGGUGGAUUGCAGGAUUCUAUUACCCUCGAUAGUGCUGAAUUGUACAAUCCAUCAGCAGGCACCUGGACAAGUACAGGAAGCGUGACUAUCGCCCGAUAUGGUCACACAGCAGCCACAUUAGCAAAUGGAAAAGUAUUAGUUACUGGUGGACAGAACAGCGAUGGUUAUCUCAAUAGUGCUGAGCUUUAUUAA